GCUUCCACCCACUAUGAAUGCGCUUCGCUGUGAAUGUCACCGACGCCUGCAUUGCAGCUGUUGGAAAUCAUUGCACUUGGGAAAACAUUGGGACAAUAGAGACUAUUUUCAGUCUUCACCAUGAAAACCGAGUCCAACGAGAAGUGGAUCGUGUGCCGAGUGUGCCUAAACAAUCCCAUCGAUGGCGAGGAGUUGCUCCAGGAGAUUUUUAGCCAGAAUGCCAGUACGCGGCUGGAUCAAAUGUUACAUAUUUGUGCCGGGAUUCCCGUCAGCCAAGAUGACAACUUCCCGGACAAGAUGUGCAGUAAGUGUGUGCGCUGUCUGCGUUUUGCUUACAAGUUCCGACUCACCUGCCAGCGCUCCCACCAGCACAUCAUGGACAUGCUAGAUCGCGAGGCGAGCAACUCAGGAAUAGAAAACGAAAGUCUUUCCCUAGCCGAUGACCUGAAGAUCUGGGAAGAAGACAUCAGCCAGUUUAACGUCAAGCUUGAAGAGGAAUUGAAGCACCAACAGACGGAGGAGCAAGAGGAUCAGUCAGCGGGUCAGCUGGUCACCUAUGUGGUGGAGGACGCGAUUUUAUUCGAUGCCAACGACGAACACACAGAAGAAGAAUAUGAGACUGUUCAGACGGCAGUCGAAGAAACAGAGUCGGAAAAUUUCGCAGAAUACGAAGAAUUUGAGCUGGUCACAGCCGAGCACAGUCCCUCGCCGCCAGAGGAUACAUCCAAAGCGCGCAACCGUAAAGGUCAAAAUAAGAAAAUCGAUUCCAAUGAUUACAAUGAUGAUGCACUUAGUAUGGACGACCAUGAAAGUAUGGAGGCUGAGGAAAUACCCAGACCGAAAGCAUCAAUUAAUCGACAGCGACAGAACAAAAAGCGAGCUCAGCAAUCCAGGGCAGUUACGGAUCGAAAUACUGUUGAAAAGAAACUCGGCCGAAAGCCGCACGGUAAAUUCUGUUCUUUCAUUUGUGAUGUUUGCGGGAAUAUAUAUCCAACUCAGGCCAGACUUACAGAGCACCUGAAGUUCCACUCCGGUGUAAAGCCACAUGAAUGCGAGAUCUGUGGACGUGGCUUUGUCCAAAACCAGCAGUUGGUGAGACACAUGAACACGCACACUGGGAAUAGACCAUACAAAUGUAACUACUGCCCAGCCGCCUUUGCCGAUCGGUCUACCAAGACCAAGCACCAUAGGAUACAUACUAAGGAACGCCCAUACGAGUGUGAUGUUUGCUCGCGAACCUUUACCUAUUCCGAUAACCUGAAGUUCCACAAAAUGAUUCACACAGGGGAGAAGCCUCACACUUGUGAUAUUUGCGGCAAGGGAUUUGUAAGGGCCUACAAAAUGCGUCUGCAUCGCAUGACGCAUGAGAAAAGAGGUCCCUGGAAAUCGGUGCAAGUGGACGCCGAAGCUGAGGAAGACGGCGUCAAAGAUAUGCAAGAGUUGCUCAGAUAGUGUACUUUAAAUGUUAGGAGAACCAAAUUGCAUUUGGUUUAGACAAGUUUUAAUUAGAAAGCCGCAGACUUAGUUUACAGCUAGUUAACAUUAUAAUCUUCCGAUAAAGCAUAGUAAAAUAAAUUUGUAACUGACGUACAUAUAUUUUUUACAGACCUUGGAAUUAUUGUGUACCUAAAUUAUAGGAUCUGUAAUAAAAAAUUACUUCUAAAUAAUAAAAAGUAAGAGUUUUUUUUUUUAA